GGCUUUCUUGCUUUAGUGUCAGCUAGCUUAACACAGUCAUGUUCUGGUGGAGACUGAGUUUAGGGAAAAGACACACUUUAGCCGGACUGUCAAUCACAAUUAAGGAACCAUGGGAGUAAACUGCUAGAGAAGCUCGGUGUUUACUUCCAAAGGUCGCUUUAAAUCGAGCAUUAUGCAGCGGUACGCUGUGGGACGUUUGCAGCCGACCUCGUCAACUGGGAUUUCUCGCUCCACUCUGGACUGGAAUUAGCAUGGGACGUUAUAUUUAAGAAAACAAACAAACAGAAAAACUUCACUAGACUCCUUGUUGUUUGUCGCUUCAGCGUUUCAAAGUACGCGAAUUGGCUUAUAUCUUCGUCUAUAAAGCGACACGGAGGAGGAUUGCGCCCGCUCCGAGCGUGGGAAAUAGUGCGUGGAUUUGACUACAACUAGUGGGAAUCUGUUGUGUUCAUUUCUGAGAAACUACCCUGCUCUCUGUCGGCGGACGGAGACACUCCCCAGAUCAGGCUAAGCCAAACGGCCACCGACCGCUGGGAGUCCGGCGCGCAGGGAGCAGAGAUGAGUGGGGGAGAGGUGGUGUGUUCAGGCUGGCUGCGAAAGUCUCCUCCUGAAAAAAAGUUGAGACGUUACGCAUGGAAGAAGCGGUGGUUUGUUCUUCGCAGUGGCCGAAUGACAGGCGACCCAGAUGUGCUGGAGUACUACAAGAAUGACACUGCCAAGAAGCCCAUUCGAGUGAUCGACCUGAACUUAUGUCAACAAGUGGAUGCUGGGCUGUCGUUCAGGAAGAAAGACUUGGAGAACAGCUUCAUAUUCGACAUCAAGACGAUCGACCGCGUUUUCUACCUGGUGGCCGACACCGAAGAAGACAUGAAUAAGUGGGUGCGCAACAUCUGCGACAUCUGUGGUUUUAACCCUACUGACGAGGAUAAUUCAAAAAAUCUCCAGCCGUCAGGCGCUGUCGUGGACACCGCUCCACACCCAUCGUUAGUUAAUAUGGUCGGCCCGGUACCGUCGUUGCUGGGCGUCGUCCCUCCUCCAUACCAGCCGGUCAGCGUGCGACACCUGGACUCUCAGUCCAGUUCAGAGGACCCGCAGGAUUACCUGUGGCUCGCCAACUGUGAGAGCAAAAAGCCUGAAACCUACAGCUCAGUGGACUGUCGGGCCCCACUGGAGGGCUAUCAGGAAUAUUUGCUCCUGGAGGAGUGUGAGAGCAGGACUCUACCUCCACAGACUAGUGUGGCCCAGGCAGAGUGCUCCAAGUCUACCUCUUCAGAGACGGACCUGAAUGACAACCUCCCAUCCCACCGCACGCCCCCAUCCGCCACCUCCUUACCCAAACAUACCUCGCACAACGGCUUCUUCCCGCAGCAUCAGCCUCCAGCUUCCGCUCCUUCCUUCUACGACUCGCCUCCCUCGCGCGGCACCUCCACCUCGUCCGACGCUGGCAUCUAUCACCUCCCUCGCAGCUACUCGCAGGACACGGUGCUGCUCCCGAAGUCUGCCACCUCCCCUCCGACCAACCCGGACGGCGGGGACGAAUCUGGACUUUACGUCUUCAACAUACCACUGAGGAAGACGUCAUUCGUGGAGUCGCACAUGCGGAAUCUUUCCGUCAGCUACGACAUCCCUCCCACGCCCGGCGCCAACUCCACCUACCAGGUCCCCCGCACAAUGUCGACGUCGACGAGUGUCGGAGGCUCGGAGGGUGGGGGCGAUGUCGUCCCCCCUCCCAGACCGCCCAAACCUUCACUCAGCUCCACCUCAGGGCUCCCGCCGCCCCCCGCUGAGCGCUCGCCUACGGACACCUACUGCGUGCCUCGCUCGGCCUCUGAGACGGACGGAAAUUACUGCGUGCCGACGAGCGCCGGGAGCAAGGCUCUACGCAGCAACACGAUCGGCACGAUGGACUGUUCACGGCUCCGCAAAGAUUUUGGAUCACAGGACUUCUAUGACAUUCCCAGAUCAUUCUCCUCAGACAAAAGCUGUUCGUUUGACUUCAAUGAAAGCUUCAACAGCUACUUUGACUCACAGAAGAGCAAAGGGAUGAUGCCGCUGAGCAACCUCUCUAUGGAGGAGGUGGAGCAGAACUACGUCCCCAUGAGCGCCAAUUCGCCGUCGCAUCACCACUCGGGCAGUUUGUCCGAGCCGAUGCACGAUACAAACUAUGUCCCCAUGACUCCCAGCACCAUGGAGUUCUCCUCCCUGGGAAAGCAGGUGCCCCCGCCCGCCCACAUGGGCUUCCGCUCCAGCCCGAAGACCCCGCCCCGCCGGCCGGUGCCCAAUGAGUGCCAGCCCCCGCCUGUGGACCGAAACCUCAAGCCUGAUCGUAAAGGUCAGAGUCCUAAAAUAAUAAGAGCAAAGGUUGUCGGUUUAGAGCGAACCGACUCUCAAACCGUAGGUGAAUUCCCGAGGGGACGACGCAAGGGAAGACCUGCACCAUUAGAGAUCAAACCACUACCAGAAUGGGAGGAGCCCUGCACACCUGUCCGCUCACCUGUCACACGCUCAUUUGCUAGAGAGAUCCUGGACCUGCCUCCAAGCUGCUUCACAUUGAAUCUCUCUAGGUUUCCAAUGCCGGCGAGACCCUCGUCAGUGCAUAGCACGGCCUCCAGCACUGACUCCGAGGACAUUGCAGAGAAUUAUGUAGAAAUGGACCCUAAUUUACCCACAGAUGAACCAAUGAUCAAGAUGGCGGCACCAUUGCCUGUAGAUGGUGGGAGUAGUCCCAUGGUGAAGCCCAAAGGAGAUAAACAGGUGGAGUACUUGGAUUUGGAUCUUGAAUCUGGCAAGUCUACCCCACCUCGGAAGAUGAAAAACAAUGGAACCGGCAUUUCUGCAUCAGACGAGCGUGUUGACUACGUGGUUGUGGACCAACAACGCACACAAGCCCUGAAGAGCACCAGGGAGGCAUGGAAUGAAGACCGCGUAUUCACAGAGACAGAUACUCUCUCCAAAGCACCCAAAUGAGCCCGUUCCAGACCACCAACCCACCUUCUGAACCUCCAGGCUGCUGGACCUGGGAUACUUUCCACAGAACGAGAGCCGGUGGCUCAUCUGACGUCAGGCCCAGCAGAACGCGUGUCCGUCUGCUCGCGCGAUGCGGGCCAUGAAUAAGCUUUAUGCUGCAUGAAAGCAGGCAUGUGAACUGAACUCGUCUUUCUGGGGUUUGACUUAAACAGACUAUGAACUCUAAACAUUCACUGCCUUCGAUGAGGAUUAAGGGCUGUUUUUCCACUCGUCUGUCCCAACACCUGUUGGCUAAUCCAGAGUAAACAUUUCCUUUCGUUGUAAAGCUGUUGCUUUGAGGUGUAAAUGAAAUCCCAUGACAACAUAAUCACGACUCCUUGCGAAUGCAACUGUACUAAAUAGCAGCGCAGGUUUAACAGUGUUGAAUUUUUAGUUUCUGGUGUUUUUAUCUGGGGGAGGUUUUAUUCCACGCUAUUUUUACUAUUUUAUGUACGCCAAAUGUAGCGCUUUGCAAAUAUAUUCACACUGGGAGAACCUUUCCACAUCCUGUCAGGAUAAACCACAGACUUGAAAGUAUUUUUUAUUUAGUUUUUAUGUGGUAAACCGACAUAAAUUAGUGCAUAAUUGUGGAGCAGAAAGAAAAUGAGCUUUUGAUCUCUGCUGUCUCGUUUUCGACCUGGGAGUUUUGGAGGCUGGCCGUGUUUUGGUACUUUUGCAGCUGCACCAUUAUUAGUUGGAGCAUUGAAUAAUGCUCAUUAAUGGGAAAUUACACUAUUAUGUAAUCCUUCAAACUUUUGACCUCUGAACCUCCUCUGAUCUUCUCUAAUAAACAUCUUUAAAUACAAAUUUAGUUUUUCCUGAUGGCAAGUUGUUGCUCUGGACGUGUCAUGUACAGAAAAUUGAGUGAGUUGAGCUUCUCAGUUUGAUUCAUUCCUUUGAGUAAAAUGUCUGCCAAGUCAGUGUGCAUGCAGCUGUGUUGUGUGAAAGUGUGGAGUCCAAAUGCACGCCACACUUUUCAGAUAUUUUUAUUUAUUUUUUGUCUAAAAAUAUUUUUGAAAACCACAUUCCGCUUCACAAUUAUGGAUUACAUCGUUGCAGUCUAUUAUACCAAACUCCAGUAAAAUACCCUGCAAUCUGUUGUUGCAAUCUGACAAAAUGUGAAAAGAUUUAGACGUCUAGAUAUUUUUGCAAAGCAUCGUAGAUCCGAUCAGCCUCACGUCAACUCCAAGCAGGAUCCAGAGUUGAUGCGUUAAACCCGGAUCCCGUGUGAUGGACCGAUUCUUGGAAUUCAAAGGCAGUCGAACAUAACCAAGUGCUAAAAGCAAGCUUUAGAUUUACUUAAGUUUUAAUCACUGAAUCCGAUCAGAUUUCCAUUUGUUCUGUGUGUAGGAAUGUUUCUGUCUGUUUCUGGAAGUGAAAAACUGUACAGAAGUGUUUUGUGUAUAUAAACAGGGAAAAAAGUGUCCUUUUUAUUUGUAUGAAAUCUCCACCGUGUUUUUGACUCGAAGGUAUUCGGAUUCUGCAGGGUGGAAUUCUUUACCGGUCUUCGAUGGUUUUCAGGAUUGUGAUUUAAUGAAUGAUGACUGAGUUUUUAAAGAGUGUGACAAGUUUUCUAUAAGUUAUGCAAAGGCAUUACAGCGGGGUCACAGAGAGAAAAUCAGGUACUUUUUUAUAUAACUGUACACUAAUGCAACUUUCCUUCUCUAAUUUAUUUCUGGAGUAAUUUCAUCGUGUCGACGUCAUGACCGGUUUUCGCUCAGUAUUCUUGAUUCAAAUGGAGGAACGUUAGUUGGAGUUUAGUUUGACAUCCGCUGAGAAAUUAAGUCAGAAAUCCAUUUCUCCUUUCUCUUCUGCUCGUCUUUCUCCUCGUGAGUUUAAUUUAUUUUAAACUGAACUGGCACAACGUUUUGAGAAAUUGAUUGCCUCGACUAGAUAGCUCUAAAACAGCUGAAAUAUUCUGCCUCCAUACAUCUGGCUUUACUAAGCCCAUCAUCAUCUCUCCCUGAGAAACCCCAAGCAUGUUGCUACCAUAAAAUCAAACCGUCGCUGUAAAUAGUUUGCCAUCAGCUGUAUUAACACAUAUCUCUUAAAAGACCUACCUACAGAGUCAUUUUCUUCUGACUUCCGUCUUUCCGGGUUGCAGGUUCUUUGUGAUACAGGCUGCAGAACUGAUGAUGUUUUCUAACGAAUCUCAAGUGAAAAUAAAAAAUUUGAAAACUGAACUAAUAAAAACCAUCAUCUUA